GACCAUAUAGUAUUAAUUUAUUAGAUUCAGUCACCUGUAACAGGUAGGAUUAAGUAAGACUACUCGUAUGCAUUGUUAGUAAACAAUAUUGGAUAUUCAAGGAUACAUUCAUAAGGAUGGCCAUGCUGUCAGUUUAUGCGGCGUUCCUAGCCACAGGUCUUGCUGUGGUUGCUUAUUUUGGCCACCAAGUAUGGUCAGUAAAUAAAGCGCCAACGAUGGCGGAGCAAGUUAAAAGAGAGCUCAUUCCAAAUGAGGAGUUUGUCAAACACUCUGAUAUAUUCAACAAGAAGGAAGUUUUAAAGGUUACGGAUAACAUCUAUGUAGCCAUUGGUUUUGCUUUAGGGAACUCUAUCAUGGUGAUCGCACCGGAAGGUCUUAUUAUUGUUGAUGUGACUGAAAGUGUUACAGCAGCUACAGAAAUUCUCAAAGAGUUUAGGAAGAUCACAAAUAAACCGAUCAAAGCUAUUCUUUACACUCACCAUCAUACAGACCAUGUAGGAGGAGCACAGGGAUUCUUAGAAAAGGGUGUUGCAUUGCCAGAAGUCUGGUCUCAUCAUAAACUACCACACGAAGUCGCUAGUUUCUUCAUUACAUCAUAUGGAGCUAAAAUUAGACGAUCAUCACGACAGUUUGGUGUAAUGGUACCAGAAUCACGCAAGAUUAAUGCUGCACUGAAUCAUUUACAGUGUGGUUUAGGUAUUAGCUUGCGAUAUGAUUCGCAUGGGUUCAUUCCCCCUUCCAAAUUGGUAACUGAGAAAGUCACAUUUGCUAAAAUUGCAGGACUAGAUGUACACAUCCAUCAUAUUCCAGGGGAAACAUCAGACCAAAUUGGUGUAUGGAUUCCGUCCUGGAAAGCAUUCCUCAGCGGUGAUGAUGUCUACAGAGCUUUCCCGAACAUUUACACCAUACGCGGAGCCCCAGCUAGAGAUCCGGUAGACUGGUAUACAUCUGUUCAGAAAAUGCUAGAUCUGGAUCCUGAUUAUCUUGUUCCUAGUCAUCAUCGGCCGCUCAUUGGGAAAAUCGACAUUCGGAAUGUACUAAUUCCUUACAGAGAUGGAAUUCAGUUCGUUCACGACCAAGCACUAAGAUUUAUCAAUAAAGGUUUGACACCCGAUGAAAUUGCAAAGCGUGUGAGAUUGCCAGAAAAAUUAGAGAAACAUCCUUACUUGAGAGAAUUUUAUGGCACAGUCCCAUGGUCAGUGAAAGGGGUGUUUCAGUUGUAUCUUGGAUGGUUUAGUGGCGACCCAGUUGAUCUGUUCCCCUUAUCAACACCAGAAAAAGCAUCACGUGUCAUUUCGUUAGCAGGAGGAGUUGAUAACACUAUAUCUGAAGCUAUUAAAGCCUGGAAUGAGGAUGAUAUACAGUGGUCUCUUGAGCUUGCUUCAUAUGUUCUCAUACAAGAUAAAAAUAACAAAGAUGCUAAGAAACUAAAAGCUGAUGCUCUCAACUUAUUGGGCAGCAGACAGAUCAAUUCUAUUGCUGCUAAUUAUUACAUCACAUGCGCACUCGAGACAGAAGGCAUUGUGAACCUCGAAGAUGAGUCAACUAGGAAAAACGAGUGGCAGAUUAUUGAAAAGCUGCCACUAAAACAGUUGUUCCAGAUAUUUAGUACUAUGUUCACGCCGGAAGUUGGCGUUUGUGAAACAACCGAAGGAGUCGUCCAGUUUAUCUUUUCAGAUACCAAUAGUUUUGUGGUAUUAAGAAUUCGAAAUGGCGUCGCUAUUAUUGAGGAGAAUGGAAGAGCAAAGAAUGCGGAUGUAACUGUAAAAACAACAGAGGCAAAACUUAAGGCAGCGUUUAUAACGAGACUUGAUGGAAAGGGAGACUUUACAAAAGACCUUAAUAUAGAUGGCGGUAUAGUCAAGUUUAAAAAUUAUAUGAAUUGUUUCGAAGAGGAUUUCCAACUUCUUUUGCCAUAAACAGCAACGUAAAAUUAGAAUAACAAUAUAUUAUAUACAAAACAAAAUAUUACAGGUUAAGCAAAUGUCAUUGUUUGAACCUAUCAUUGGAAAUCAGUUUUAUAUAACAAGUUAUCAUGACAUCACAUUCUUCAUAAAAUAAACUGUUUGUGAUUGACAAUAAAAUUCAUUUUACUAUUGACAAA